GAUAUGAUGUGCGAUGAACAUGAAACUCUUGUAGGUAGACAAUAUAUAGGUAGAAAUAGAAAGGCUCUCAAACUUAUCGAUAUGACCAGCGAGACUUCGCCCGCUUUCUCAGGACAUCUUACAGAUAAUAAUGAAGCCCAAUUCGAAACCACAGAAUCGGGUUAA